GAGAGAGGGAGGUGUAGUCUGAAUAAUUACAUCACGGCGCGCGUGGAUAUAUCGUCGGAGCCAGAUGCGGCUCAGUUUGGCGUCCGGCACCGGCCAGUGCAUCGCCUAGCCCCAGACAACAUGCGGACACCCAGAAACCAACAGGACCCAACGCUGAGACUAAUGAGAAACCAGAGAAACCAGGACCUGACGCAUUUUAUGCACGGGAAAGCCCAGGGGAAAUGCAGCCAAGUCGGCUCAUGCUUCUGACACUAAUGGGUAUGGUACAACCAUUUCGUUGAAAGUGCUUUGAAAGUACGUUUUGCCGUCUUGUUAAAAAAGUGAAGGACUUCAUUCUAACCAUUCAGACGCGUGUCAUGGACUCAAGUUACGCAGCGAAACUCUCCACUGGCCCAGCGCGUCAACUUUCCUCUCUGACUGCAGUAACCGGUUACUAUGGUGAAUAGGCACCAGCCAGCUGAAACUUUCUGAGAGAACGUUUUUCGUGGAGUUUGACAAGAUCACCCGGUGGAGCGCGUGCGUGACGACGUGCGGACUACGGGGCGCAUCUGGACUCAUCCACACGCACUCUCUCUCUCCCCCGGGGGAAAACGGAUGAUAAUUUCAAACCUCUAAGGAUUAGACUUUUUAUAUUCUAUCUAUAAUUUGAAACCAUUGUUACUAGAGAUAUGGAUAACUCGUACUAUUUUCUGGCUAUGUCCAUGCUGGUUCUGUCCCUCGGGUUAAGGAUUGAGGAGGGCAUGUGCCAACACUACUACCUCCUCCGUCCCAUCCCCAGCGACACUCUGCCCAUAGUGGAGCUCAAAGAGGACCCAGACCCUGUCCUGGACCCAAAAGAACGGGACCUGAACGAGACUGAACUCAGAUCCACCCUGGGUAGCCACUUCGACCCACACUUCAUGUCCAUCACCCCGCCAGAGGACAAGUACUCGGGCAACGAGGACCUGAGCGACUCGGAGAUCCGUCAGAAGCCGUCCGGCGCAAUGCCCAAGGAGAUCAAAGCCAUGGAGUUUGAGAUCCAGCACGGCAAGAAGCACAAGCCCAGUAAAAAACUCAGAAGAAGGCUGCAACUGUGGCUGUGGUCUUACGCCUUCUGUCCAGUUGUUUAUACAUGGAACGACCUCGGGAACAGAUUCUGGCCGCGCUACGUGAAGGUGGGGAGCUGCUACAAUAAGCGUUCUUGUUCGGUCCCUGAAGGGAUGGUUUGCAAACCUGCCAAAUCGGCCCAUUUUACGAUCUUACGAUGGAGGUGCCUGCAGAGAAAAGGAGGUCUGAAAUGCGCUUGGAUACCAGUUCAGUACCCAAUUAUAUCUGAGUGCAAAUGCUCCUGCACGAACUGAAAUAAACUGAAAUGAACUUUUUGUAUUGUUAUUAUUUCUAAAAAGAUUAAUAAAAAAUCAUAGUUACAUGAUUAUUUUUAUAUGCACUGUCAAGUGCAAGAAUGUAUAUUUUAUGUAUAUGUGGUGCCAUUUUAUUUUAUGAUGACAAACUUUGUAAAAAGGUCAGUAUUAUUAUUAUUAUUAUUAUUAUUAUUAUUAUUAUAUAACCAGCGUCUACUGUAUUUGUUGAACAUAUCUUGGAUGUGAUGUAUCUUUAUAUUUAUACUGAAGAAGAGCACUUCCCAUUGCAAAGCAUUAAAAUACUGUUAUUGAAGGACUACAGAUAUUUUCCAUUCUUUGGGAAGAAAAUAAGUGGUUUAUGGACCUCUGUGUCAAAAUUAGCCAAAAAGUAAAUUUAUCUUGUGAUACUAAAUAAAGGGACAAUUGUGGGUAAACCAUGUAAAAUAACAGUAACUACCAGCCUAUUUAUUCUCUGUUCAUGUAGUCAUUGCCAGUUAAAAUAAAACCACUCAAAUGA